AUGGAGUAUGAUAAUGAGAGACUAAAGUAUGAUGACGACAGACUGAAGCAUGAGGAUGAUGAACCGAAAUUGUACAGAAUGUCACCACCACCAGCUAAGAAACGAUGUCAGUCAAAUGAAGAGGAUAUUAGAGAAUUUAAGGAAUACUUGACUGAAAAGUUUGGCAUGAUUAAGAAGGAUGAUAAAGCUGUAUGCAUUUUCUGUUCUGACACAGUUGUUUGUAGAACUUCUUCUGUAAAGAGACAUUUUGAAAAUGUUCAUAAGAACUUAAGCCAUAAAACUGAGGAGGAACAAAGAGAAUUAAUUUCUCGUGAACUGAGCAAGACAAAAACACAAGCUGAAACUUUUAUGAAUUAUAUUUCAGGUAGGCCCAGUUCCAACUUAGUUGCUGCUAGUUUUGAAGUUUCAAAAGUUAUUGCCCAACACGGAAAGCCUCUCUGUGAUGGGGAGUAUAUUAAAGAAGCUUGGCUAGAAUGUGCACCAUUUCUUUUUGACAACUUUUCAGAAAAGAAAAAGAUUAUUCAGCGCAUUAAAGAUUUGCCUGUGAGUAGGAAAACAGUUAAGGAUAAGAUACUUAAGUUGGAAAGAAAUACAGCUGAACAAUUGAUAAAAGAUUUGUCUUCAUGCAAGUUUUUUUCUAUUUGUGUUGAUGAAAAGUACAGACAUUACAUCAUCAGCUAG